AUGCAACAUUCGAACCAAUUGGAAUGUUUGCAUGAUGAACUCUGGGAAAACUUUGAAAAUCCACUGAUGUCAGGAUUCAAUCAAGAUGAGUAUUACCAAAUUGAAGAUUUGGUACAACAAUGUUUGAUAGAGUUAUCCAUAAAACUGGAUCAACUACAAAACAAACAAGCAGCAGUAGCAGAAACAAAUAUGCGUUCCUCACUGCCAUUGCCAAAGGAGUUUCUAGCCUUUUUAGAACUACAGUUCCAACUGAUGGAAGUUGUAGAACAAAAAGAUAAGGUGGCUAUAAAAAUUAAAGCAAAUCGAAAUAACUCAGUGUCAUCGGCUGUAACAGUUUCUAAAGGAAACAACAAUUGCAAACUGUGCAAUGUAGACAGGCACCCACUGUAUCAUUGCCGUAAAUUCUUGCAAUUUUCACCAUCUCAACAAUUGGAUUGGGUGAAAAAUCAACAGCUCUGUUUUAACUGUUUCAGAAAUGAUCAUGUGGUGAACAAAUGUUCAUCAAGAAGUUGUACCAAAUGUAAUAAAAAGCAUAACACGUUGCUACAUUUGGAAGUUAACAAUCAAACGAAACAAAACAUUCAACCUAGCUCAAGUGGGUACAACACCGCAGUUACCACAGCGACAGCAAACACAUCCACAGGUCAUCGUGAUUAUGUUCUCUUGCCAACUGCAAGAGUCAAAAUAAUUGCAUCUAAUGGAAAUACAAGUGAAGUCCGAGCAUUAUUAGACUCUGGUUCGCAAGUGAACAUAGUCUCUGAGCGUCUUGUCAAAAGGCUCAAUAUAUCAAAAACAAAAUCGUUAUUGUGCAUAGAAGGGAUAGGAAAGUUGCAAAAAAAUUCAACGCAGCGAGUUAACAUCAAAUUGCAAUCACUUAACUCAAGGUUUACUACAGAAGUCGAAGCGUUUGUACUUCCAAAUAUAGUUCCACCUCAACCAAGUUGCAGCUACGAUAUUUCCAAAUGGAAGGUCCCGAACAGCAUUCAGUUAGCAGAUCCAACAUUUUUCCAACAAGGGAAAAUUGAUAUUUUACUCGGUGCGGAGUUCUAUUUUAGUCUGUUAAAGAAAGUUUUUGGCGGUGGGGCGGAGGUUGUUGAUAAUAAUUCAUCGUUAGAAGAUGCAAUUGAACAAUUAUGGCGAAUGGACGAGGUGAAUACAACAGAGAGGACAUUAUCCAAAGAAGAAAAAUUAUGCGAAUCUCAUUUUGUUCAGAACGUCCAUACAAAUAAAGAAGGACGUUUUGUGGUAAGGUUGCCGUUUCUGGAAAACUCAUUGACGUUAGGGGAAUCUCAAGAAACAGCUUGGAGAAGGUUCAUCAGUCUUGAACGACGACUAGCAAAAAAUGAUGUUUUGCGGAAACAAUAUGUCCAGUUUAUGGAAGAGUAUGAGCGAUUGGGUCACAUGACUGAAGUAAACCUGGAUUCCAUGUUGACUCCAAGAUAUUUCAUUCCUCAUCAUUGCGUACUAAAACCAGAUAGUACAACUACUAAACUUCGAGUGGUGUUUGACGCAUCAGCCAAAACUACAUCUGUACACUCGUUGAAUGAUUUAAUGCGACCACGGUUUGUUUUUACCACAGAUAUCGAAAAAAUGUGUCGUCAAGUUUUGAUAAAUCCUGAAGAUCGACGCUAUCAACUUAUCAUUUGGAGAAGCAGUCCAAAUUCAACGAUUCGUUAUUAUCAGCUAAACACAAUUACAUAUGGGACUCGAGCAUCUCCUUACCUAGCAACAAGAUGUCCGCAAAAGAUAGCAUCAGAAAACAAGGGGAAUUAUCCAUUGGGAGCUCAAAUCCUGUGUGACAAUUUCUACGUUGACGAUGGGCUCGGUGGAUCAGAUAGUUUAAUUACGGCUAUUGAAGCUCAAAGGCAAUUAAUCCAUAUUUUAAAGAAGCAUCAGUUUUAUCUACGGAAAUGGAGUGCAAACCAUCCUCAACUUUUGAAAAACAUUUCUCAAGAUGAUCAAGAGAGACAACUACACAUUUUUGCUGAUGCAUCUGAAAAGGCAUUUGAUGCUGCAGCAUAUGUCAGAGCAAUUUUAAAAGAUGGUAGAAUAAUAGUGCGACUAUUAUGUGCAAAGUCAAGAGUAGCACCACUCAAAAAACAAACGCUACCGCGACUAGAGCUAUGUGCGGCAGUCUUAGCAGCGGAACUCUCAGCAAGAGUGAAAAGCGAUCUUCAAGAGAAGGACCAGCCGGUAUUUUUGUGGACUGAUUCAGAAAUUGUGUUGUCUUGGAUCAACUCACAGUCCUCAUCAUUUCAAACAUUUGUAGCUAACAGGGUAGCAAGAAUUCAAACAUUAACUCUGUCUGAGCAGUGGCGACAUGUUAGGUCAAAGGACAAUCCAGCUGAUGUGUUAUCAAGAGGACUUUCAGCAAGGGCGUUGUCAACAUGUGCACUUUGGUUUCAAGGACCGUUCUUUUUGCAUGGAAGGCAGGAAGUAUGGCCACCAAGGUUUUCAUCAUCAUUACAAGUUCCAGUCGAUCUGGAGAAGAAGAAGGUUGUAGCUGUAGCAACUCAAAGCAAUGACGCAGAUUUCAUAUACAGGAUUCAGCACAAGAAUUCAUUUAAGACGUUACAAAAGAUAGUAGCAUAUGUUCUUAGAUUCACUAACAACGCAAGAAAAUCAAAGGAGUCACGUGCCACACAUAUAGUACUUAGUGCCAACGAAUUGGAUGCAGCAUUAAUAACUAUAAUAUGUCACAUUCAGGGUAAUGAUUUUCAUGAAGAAAUCAAACAACUGAAGAAACAAGGUCAUGUUGAUAAAUCUAGUUCAAUCAGUAGUUUAUCUCCGUUCAUUGAUAAUGCAAAUGUUCUUAGAGUAGGAGGACGCUUAGAAGCCUCAUCAUUACCAUACGAUUCUAAACACCCAAUGCUGUUCCCAUACAAUGAUCCAUUGGCAAAAUUAUUAUUCGUGAUGUUUCAUGAAGAAAACAAACACUGUGGCCCGCAGGCACUAUUGAGUACAGUCCGACAACGGUUUUGGCCGAUUAAAGGUAAGUCAACAGCCCGAGCAACGGUUGAGCGAUGCAUUCGAUGCAACAAAGCACGUACGCAACUAUGCCAACAAAUUAUGGGCAAUUUACCAGAAUCAAGGAUAACUCCUGCAAGACCCUUCAUUAAUGCUGGUGUAGAUUAUUGCGGACCAUUUUGGAUCCACUACAAGGUGAGGGGCAAAAAGCCAACAAAGGCAUAUAUUGCUGUCUUUUGUUGCUUUUUUACAAAGGCGGUACAUCUCGAGUUAGUGACCGACUUAUCAACAAAUGCUUUCAUUGGAGCAUUAAAACGAUUUAUAAGUCGACGAGGGCGUUGUUUGAAUAUUUACAGUGAUAACGCAACAAACUUCGUAGGCGCCAAAAACCAGUUAGCAGAAUUAGAAGAAAGCAUUUAUUCUAAUGAAGGACAAGAAGCAAUAAUCUCUGCCUGCAGUACCACAGGAAUAAAUUUUCAUUUUAUUCCACCAAGGGGUCCACACUUUGGCGGUUUAUGGGAAUCAUCCGUAAAGUCCGCAAAAUAUUUGUUACUACGCAGCGUUUCAACAGCAUCAUUGACGUAUGAAGAACUCGAAACAGUAGUGGUGGAAAUUGAAGCGAUAUUAAAUUCACGACCAUUGACUCCAAUGUCCAAUGAUCCAACUGAUUUGACAGCAUUAACUCCAGGACACUUAUUAAUUGGAGAAGCUCUUACAACUCAUGUAGACAGUCGAUCGAAACCAGAAAAACACACGUUAUUGUCACGUUGGAACCUAGUUUCCCAGUUAAAACAUAAUUUUUGGAAACGCUGGUCUAACGAAUAUUUGAUGGAACUGCAACAACGUAACAAAUGGAAAACACAAUCUGCCAACAUACAGUUAGGAGACAUGGAUAUAAUCAAAGAAGAUAACGUCCCAGUGAUGCAGUGGCCCUUGGGACGAAUUGUACAUGUGUACAAGGGUACAGAUGGACGUAUCCGAGUAGCUGACGUUAAAACAUCGACAGGCAUUUUUAAACGCCCAAUUCAUCGAAUAGCUGUACUGCCUGUUAAUGCAGAUGAUCAACCAACAAUGGCUGAAGCUGAUCACGAAGUACCUCCUGACAAUUUAAUUAUGAAAGAUAGAAUCUACUAG